AAAAUAGACCUAAUACUAUUAAAAAUGGAGAAAGAAGAGAUUCUGUACCUAGGCUUCAACCAGAACGCAGGCUGUUUCACCUGAGGCACCAACAACGGCUUCAAAAUUUUCAACACAUAUCCUUACAAGGAUACUUUUAGCAGAGAGUUCGAUGGAGGCAUUGGCAUUGUGGAAAUGUUAUUCAGAUGUAAUAUUUUAGCCAUUGUGGGGGGAGGCAGUCAUCCUAAGUAUCCUACUAAUAAAGUCAUGCUCUGGGACGACCACCAGCAGAAAUGUAUUGGAGAAUUAUCAUUUAAAGACCAUGUUAAAGCAGUCCGACUUAGAAAAGAUAAAGUUAUCGUUGUACUUGAAACAAGAAUUUACAUAUACAAUUUUGGAGAUUUGAAACUAAUUGAUGCUAUCGAGACUAUUGAUAAUCCUAAGGGUCUCUGCUCGGUCAGCUACUCAGCAGACAAGACAUACCUCGCAUGCCUGGGUAAAGGCAAAGGAUGGAUCAGAGUAAAUAUUUAUGAUGACAUCGAUAUGGAAGAUUCUCAUUCAAUUGAGGCACAUAACUCGUCUGUCUCUUGUGUGACACUCAAUUUCGACGGAACCCUUCUAGCAACAGCAAGUGAUAAAGGUACAAUUAUCAGACUUUUCAAUCCUGCCAACGGAGAAGCACUAAAAGAGCUAAGAAGGGGAUCAGAUAAGGCUGAAAUAUACAGCAUUACUAUCGAUGUCGAUUCUAAAUGGUUGGGAUGCACUUCUGACAAAGGUACCGUCCAUAUUUUCUCCCUCAGCAAAUUGGACAUCAAGCAUCUCAAAUAAAGACGAUGAAGAUGAAGAAGAGACUAAAGAGGAUGAUGGGAAAGUACAACCCAAAAACAAGAAGAACAUGUUUAGAUUUAUGAAAAAAUUCUCCAAAUAUUUCGACUCCGAAUGGAGUUUCGCUAAAUUUAGAGUAACAGACUCUCGUACUAUCUGUGCAUUUACCAAGGAUCAUAAUCUGGUUGUAAUCUCUGCAGAUGGUACUUAUUAUUUAGCUGAGCUGGAUACAAAGAAAGGAGACGAUUGCAAGAAAAUAGAGGAGAAAAACUUCGUCUAAUCCAGUAUAAAUAUCCUAGUCAUUAAUCAUAAUUUAGAAUAAUAUUUUG